CGAGACAUGAUAAACGUUCGCUACAGUAAGUGUGGGGAUGACAUAACGAAUCAGAAGCCAUAAACUCCAUAAACUUCAUUAAUCAGCGAUGGGAUUUAUUUGAGCCUCAAAAAAAGUUACAUAAUUUCUAUUUCGAGAUAUGGAGGUAUAAAACCCGUGGCUGCCAUCUAACUUUCUCGACUGGCCGUGGUCGCGACAUCUUGACCAACACAAUCCAGCGACUACACCAGAUCUCAUCAAUAUGAUAUCCAACAUCUUCUGGCCUGAGAAGUACCUGCCGGGUACAACCGACAACUUCGUCUCCAACGAGAUAUUCGUUAAGAACAUCAAUGCGCAACAGGUCUGGGCCUUUUUAGUCGACAUCACCAAAUGGGAGUCGUACUACGACAACGUUGGCCAGAUCACACCGCCCAAGUCUGGCCCCAGUUUGGAGAAAGGCGACAGGUUCAGCUUUUCGACAUUCGGUUUUCCCCCUCUUCAAUCAGAGGUCAUGGAGUCCAUCGCGCCGGGUUCUAACACGCCGGGUCGCCUGGCCUGGCGCGCCUGGCAGGAUGGAAGUGAGGACGAAGCCCUGGAUGUGUAUCAUGCGUGGAUCGUGGAGGAUGUGGAAUGGGGCGUCGUGCGCAUCUUGACACAGGAGUCCCAGAUUGGGAAGCCAGCGGCGGGUUUAGCAGGGAAGAAGCCGAAUCCGAUGCUCAAUGGACACCAGGAUUGGGUGGAUGGUCUCGCUAGGAUCACAAAAGAGCAUAGCAGAUAAAAUGGGAGUCUAAUGUUACAUGUGACCCUGAACCCCUUUGUCGUCAACCCACAUAUUAUCGAAGUCGGACUCCAUUGUAUUUACUUCAGAAUGGAAGCAGUCCACGCGGUGGCUGCCAAUUGCAUUUCUUGCCAUUACAA